AUGGAUCAGUGUGACGACCUUAUCUACCGGUUCAAGCGUUACAAUGCAGACAAGAAACUGAACCUGAACUUCCUCUGGGAUCCUCCUCCGUCGCCUGAAGGUGUCACAAAAGAGAUGGUAGAAGCAUAUAAGGGUGAAGAUGUUAAUGAUGAUUCCUCAGAUGACACCGACUCGAGCAGCGAGGAGGAUGAUGUCGUUCCUACACUGUCUGCUACCGAUGCCUCUACUGCCGAUGCUUCCAUUGCCGAUCCUCCAAAUAGGAAAACAGACAAUAAUGCUGAAGAAAAGAAAAAAUUUUACGAAAGUGGGCUAGCCGAAGGUUCAGUCACUUGUAGUAAUAUUUUAAAUGUUCGACAUUCCAAGGGUGAACAAGGGUCUGACCAUCAGAUCCACGCAAUCGGUUUUUUCGUUGCGAGAGAGACUUUGCAUAAAACCCAGUCCCCUAUCCUGAACAAUCGGCGUUUGACGCGUGAGUCGAAAUAUCUGGAGGAUGUCGUUCAGCGUGUUGGUGUGUUAAUUUCAACCAGUACGACAGGUUCGGUUCCGAAUGCGAGAGAAAAUGAGGUUUCGCCUGUUGAUCUUCGGUAUGAUGUGUUGAUGGCCCACAAUGCCUCUAGUCGUAUUUCUAGCCAUUCGCCUUUAGCAGGUCCGAGUUUCUUCUUGAGUGUCUUUGUGAUGAUCUUGUUGAUGGCCUCUACCUGUCCAUUAGAUUGUGGAUGCGCCGGAGAUGCAAAAAAGAUGUUGAUAUUGAAUCAGGAGCAUAGAUGCCGGAAGCGAGAGCAGUCGAACUGCUUACCGUUGUCUGUGAUGAUUGUGUUCGAUUUUAGCGGCGGUGAUCGUAGCAAGGGCUUCGACUUCGACCCACUUUGUGAAGUAGUCCACCGCGACGAUUGCGAAUUUGAGUUGUCUCUUACCUUGCGGCAUAGGGCCAAUGAGAUCCAGUCCCUACUGUGCGAACGGCCAGGGACUGACCAUUGGGGUGAGAGGUUAGGCAGGCAACUUCGGAAUCAAGCCAAAACGUUGGCACUGGUCGCACUGCUGCACAAGCUUGAUGGCAUCGGAGUAGAGAGUUGGCCAAUAAUCGCUCUGUCGAAUGGUUUUGAAGGCUAA